AUGUUAAUCUAAAAGUAAUAACAAUUAUAUUUUAGAACCAAAAUUAAGAAAAUUAUAUCUUAUUUCUGCUUCCAUUACCUAUACUAUAACUUAUUUGCCAUGUUAUUUGCACUCUUUCAAUUUGAUAGAAUACCUUUUGCUGUCCCAUUAGGUUUUAGUAUUACUUUUGAAAUCUUUGUCUGCUACUAUUAUUCCAAUAAAUAAAUAGUCAAGAUGCUCGACCAUGUACUUCACAUAAUGGCUUAUGUAAUUUCAACAUCUAUUACUCAAGAAUUUUGUUAUCAUCCUUUAUUACACAAACCUUCAAUAUUACGUAUUCGGAAAUUUUUUCUUACUUCUUUCCUUUGCUAUAAGAACUAAAGAAAGUUGUUCAUCUUAAAUAACUCAUGAAUAUUCCUCCAUCAUUAGAUUCGUAAUAAACAAUUUUAUUAUCAAUAUAGUUAAAAACAUUUUAUAGAUUUUCAUCAUUAGUUGCCAGUGUUUGUGUCUCAUUAAAACUUAGUAAAUAUGUUGAAUGGACAUGGCCAUAGGCAUUCUGGUGGUAUUGGAUGUUUUUAAGUGCUUUAGUUGGUACUUGCUUUACUUUAAUCAUUGUACUCAUAUCUAAAAUUAUUAAUGAAAUCUUCAAGCAAAAUCAGACAGUUCCUUAGGAAUGUAAAAUAUUAAUUUAAUCUAGAUAAAUCUCUUCUUUGGGCUCUCUAUAAUUCAAUUAUUAGCAGUAUUCUUUCUGUAAUGUGGAUUAUUAACACUUUUAAUCAACUAGGCUUAGAUAUACCUAUUAAAAUCGGUGAAGUUCUAUUUUAUUCAACUGUUUCCUUUAAUUUAAUUAUAUUUUGUGCUUUAACUAAAUUUUUAUGGGAUUCCAUCAUCGAUUUCUGUGUUUACUUAUUACAAUCUCAAGAAACAGAUAUAGAAUUAUAAAGAGAGUUACCUACCAGUCAAAUAACUUAACAAAAAUAAUAUGAAAAAAGAAAAGCAAUUCAUUAAAUCUUCUUAAAAAAAUUAUCAUCUGCUUUCUUUAGAUAAACAACUAAAGAAGAUAUGCUCUAAUAAUCAUAAAAAUUAACAGAAAUAAUGACAGAAAGAGGACAAACAAAAAAAAUACUCUAAACUAUUGAAAUUGAAUCUAAAUAAUUAUAAGACAACUAAAACAAAAUUAAUGAAUCUAAUUAAAAAUGUAUAAUUUGUUGUGAUAAUCCUCCUAAUGCUGUUUUAAUGAUUUGUGGUCAUGGUGGAAUCUGUUAUAAAUGUGGAUUGGAAAUGGCAUAAAAAAGCAAAGAAUGUUUUUUAUGUAGACAAUAAAUUGUAUUCAUUUAUGAAAUCUCAAAUUUCAAUGAUGACCUUAUGAAAGUAGUAACAAUAACUAAAUUUAAUUACUGA